UGAUACUUUGGCUGGACUCAUUGCCUUGUUUGAAGGUCUUCUAAGGAAAUCGUUACGUAACGGACUACGUUGACGAAAUGAGCCCAAAUCAACGAAAUUGGAUAGGACUUCUGUGUCUAGGCCAAUUCUAAAACCGACUUGCCGACUUGCUUCAUUGUUCGGGUUUUUACGGACCCAACAGCUUAGACAGGGUUGCAUUAGUUGUUCCGCUAGAGAUCUGGAUCGCCCACAGACUCUCCCUCACGCUGGUCUUGAUGUAUGCGGAGUUCAUCUUCUUGACAAGUUUCGCAGACCAGGAAGAUGAUGCUUCAGAGGAGCUGCGGGAUGCGGUUUGUGACGGGGACUACCCACAACAGAAGUUUCCAGCUGACCUAUCACGAUUCUAAGAGUGGACUUGGAACAGUGCUGCAUUCAUCAAGUAAGUCAUGGCGGAAAAAUGUUCCUCGCGUUCAAUGUUCAAUACCCCAUCCAACAAAGAUAGCAACGAAGACUCAAACGAACACCAAGACAGUGUUGCCUGAAGAUCAGAUGCCCAGGCAGUGGUAUAACAUCAUUCCAGAUUUGCCGAUCCCACCUCCACCACCAUUGCAUCCUGGCACGCUCCAACCCCUUCAGCCCUAUGAUCUGGCACCUCUCUUUCCAAUGGCCCUCGUUCAGCAAGAAGCAACAAUGGAUCGAUUUGUUGACAUACCCGAUGAGGUUCUUCAAGUGUACAAGCUCUGGCGCCCGAGCCCUCUGUACAGGGCUUGGAGACUUGAAAAAUUAUUGGAUACACCAGCACGGAUCUACUACAAGUACGAAGGUGUCAGUCCAGCAGGCUCUCACAAGCCUAACACAGCAAUCCCUCAGGCAUGGUACAAUGCUCAAGAAGGCGUAAAGCGACUCACAACUGAAACGGGAGCGGGGCAAUGGGGUUGUGCUCUUGCAUUUGCUUGCACGCUGUUUGAUCUCGAAUGCGAGGUGUGGCAAGUGCGAGCAUCAUACGAUCAAAAGCCAUACCGCAAGUCCAUGAUGGAAACUUGGGGAGCUACUGUUCAUCCUUCACCAUCCCCUCUCACUAAAGUAGGGCAAGCAAUAUUGGAUAAAGAUCCUACAACCCCUGGCAGCCUGGGCAUUGCCAUUUCUGAGGCAGUAGAGGCAGCUCUGGCUCGGGAUGACACCCGAUAUGCUCUUGGCAGCGUCCUCAAUCAUGUCUUGUUGCACCAAACCAUCAUAGGCGAGGAGUGUCUACGGCAGCUAGAUAUUCUAGGUGAGACACCAGACUUGUUGGUGGGUUGCACUGGUGGAGGAUCAAACUUCGCAGGGCUUUCCUUCCCAUUUAUCCGUGAGAAGUUGGCUGGAAAAAUGAAUCCUAUCAUCAGAGCCGUGGAGCCUGCAGCAUGUCCCUCGCUCACGAGAGGUGUCUACGCCUACGAUUUUGGGGACACAUCUGGGCUCACUCCGUUGAUGAAGAUGCACACUCUUGGCCAUGACUUUAUUCCUGACCCCAUCCACGCAGGUGGUCUUCGAUAUCAUGGGAUGGCACCACUAGUAUCACAUGUUUAUGAACUUGGUCUUAUGGAGGCUAUUGCAAUCCCUCAAGUUGAGUGUUUUGAAGCUGCAUUAAAAUUUGCUCGCACUGAGGGGAUUAUUCCUGCACCUGAGCCCACGCAUGCCAUUGCGGCUACCAUUCGAGAAGCAUUAGCAUGCAAGGAAAGCGGGGAGGCUAAGGUCAUAGUCACAGCACUCUGCGGUCACGGUCAUUUCGACCUGGCUUCGUAUGAUACAUUCCUUGCAGGAGGAAUGGUUGAUCUACAGUACCCAACUGACAAAAUUAGAGAAUCCAUACCCAAGUUGCCAAAGUCUUCUCUUUAGGAGCCAGUUUGGAACAUAGACAGUAUGUUAGUGCGCUUCUUCAAAGGAUAAAAAGUGAAUUUACAAUAGAAAAUCUGUUGUCUUAAAUGCAAAAUUUAACUACUUUUUGCGGAGCACUCAA